GUUGAGGCCCAUCUCGUCUUCGUUUUAUCUGUAUCUGUUGACUUGACCAUGAAGAUAACUUCUUUACUUUCAAAUUUGAGUGAUUAGCAAAGAGCUACAUAAUGUAACCAGUUUUGCUUUUUGCAAACCAUCUCUGUUUCUCAGCGGGCUGGAAACCACACUAUUGCUUCCUCUUUACUUUGCAGUGAGAGCACAGCAUUUGUCACUCAACCUCUGAAGGUUAGUGACACUGCUGGGACAGGAAAGGACUGUGCUGGCCCAAAUGGCAGGCAUCUCAUAUGUGGCAUCUUUCUUUCUCUUUCUGACUGAGCUCAGCCUUGGCCAGAGAGAAGUAACAGUUCAGAAAGGACCACUGUUUAGAGCUGAAGGUUACCCAAUCAGCAUUGGCUGCAAUGGGACUGGCCACCAGGGACCUCGUGAGCAGCAUUUCCAGUGGUCUGUUUACCUGCCAACAAACCCGACCCAGGAAGUCCAGAUCAUUAGCACCAAGGAUACUGGCUUCUCUUACGCAGUUUAUACGCAGCGGGUGCGAAGUGGAGACAUCUACGUGGAGAGGGUCCAGGGCAACUCAGUCUUGUUGCACAUCUCAAAGCUCCAGGUGAAGGAUGCUGGCGAGUAUGAGUGUCACACACCGAACACUGAUGAGAAAUACUACGGGAGUUACAGUGCAAAGACUAGUCUAAUUGUUAUUCCAGAUUCGCUCUCUGCCACCAUGAGUUCUCAGACUCUCAGUAAGGAAGAAGGUGAGCCAUUAACCCUCACGUGUGAGGCAUCCAAAGCCACAGCCCAACAUACACACCUCUCUGUCACCUGGUACCUAAUGCAGGACGGAGGAGGAAGCCAAGCCACAGAGAUUAUUUCUCUCUCCAGAGAUUUUAUAUUGGUCCCUGGGCCCUUGUAUACAGAGAGGUUUGCAGCCAGUGACGUUCGGCUCAGCAAGCUGGGGGCCUCUACGUUCAGGAUGUCCAUAGAGAGGCUCCAGCCCUCAGAUCAGGGCCAGCUGUUCUGUGAGGCGACGGAAUGGAUCCAGGAUCCAAAUGAAACCUGGAUGUCCAUCACAAAAAAGCAGACAGAUCGAACCACUCUGAGGAUCCAGCCAGCAGUGAAAGAUUUUCAAGUCAACAUUACAGCUGACAGCUUGUUUGCUGAAGGGAAACCCUUAGAACUGGUUUGCCUGGUUGUAGGCAGUGGCCGUGACCCACAGCUUCAAGGCAUUUGGUUCUUCAAUGGGACUGAAAUGGCUCACAUCGAUGCUGGUGGAGUCCUGGGCCUCAAGAAUGACUACAAACGAAGAACAAGUCAAGGAGAGCUCCAGGUUUCAAAGUUAGGCCCCAAGACUUUCUCUCUCAAGAUCUUCUCUCCGGGCCCAGAGGAUGAAGGCGCCUACAGAUGUGUGGUAGCAGAGGUCGUGAGAACACGCACAGGUUCCUGGCGGGUGCUUCAGAGAAAGCAGUCACCAGACAGCCACAUGCGCCUGAAGAAGCCAGCAGCAAGAAGUGUGGUCAUGUCUACCAAGAACAAGAAGCAAGUUGUAUGGGAAGGAGAGACUCUCACCCUUCUCUGUAAGGCCAGUGGAGCUGAAAGUUCCCUGUCUGUGAGCUGGUGGCACAUCCCACGGGACCAGACACAGCCCGAGUUUGUGGCUGGCAUGGGGCAGGAUGGCAUCGUGCAGCUGGGCGCCUCCUAUGGGGGACCCAGUUACCAUGGCAACACAAGGCUGGAGAAAGUAGACUGGGCCACCUUCCAGCUGGAGAUCACCUUCCCUGCCAUCACAGACAGUGGCACUUAUGAAUGUAGAGUAUCUGAAAAGUCUCGGAACCAGGCCAGAGAUCGGAGCUGGACUGAGAAGAUUUCAGUUACCGUAAAGUCUCUGGAGUCAAGUUUACAAGUUAGUCUGGUGAGCCGUCAGCCGCAAGUGAUGUUAACCAAUACCUUUGACCUGACCUGCAGAGUGGGGGCCGGUUACUCUGACCUCAAGGUGCCACUCACUGUGACGUGGCAGUUCCAGCCAGCUAGCUCUCACAAAUUCCACUGGCUUAUUCGAAUCACCCACAAUGGCACUAUUGAAUGGGGGGAUUUCCCAUCCCAGUUCCAUAAGAAGACGGAAGUUUCACAGUCUUUAUUUCGUUCACAACUCCUAAUCCAUGAUGCCACUGAGGAAGAGACAGGAGUGUAUCAGUGUAAAGUGGAAGUUUAUGACAGAAAUUCCCUACACAACAGCCGCCCCCCGAGGGCUUCUGCCAUCUCUAACCCACUGCAGAUAGCCGUCACUUUACCAGAGAGCAAGCUAAAAGUGAAUUCAAGCAGUCGAGUCCAAGAGCUCGCCAUCAACUCCAAUGCUGAUAUAGAAUGCAGCGUCUUGUCCCGGUCCAACGGAAACCUUCCGUUAGCCAUUAUUUGGUAUUUUUCUCCUAUUUCCGCUAAUGCCUCCUGGCUGAAGAUCCUGGAGAUGGACCAAACCAGUGUUAUAAAGAUCGGGGAUGAAUUUCACACCCCACGGAGAAAACAAAAAUUUCAUACUGAGAAGGUUUCCCAAGACUUAUUUCAGCUGCAUAUUCUGAGUGUGGAAGAUAGUGAUCAGGGCAGAUAUCACUGUGCUGUGGAGGAAUGGCUCCUGUCUACAGAUGGCACGUGGCACAAGCUUGGAGAAAAGAAGUCAGGACUGACAGAAUUGAAACUCAAGCCCACAGGAAGUAAGGUACGUGUUUCCAAAGUGCACUGGACCAAAAAUGUGACUGAGCACAGCGAGGUGGCCAUCCACUGCAGCCUGGAGAGCGCAGGCAGCUCGGCCGCUCUGUACUCUGUGAUGUGGUACUGGAACAGAGAGAAUGCUGGAAGUAAAAUGCUGGUGAACUUGCAGUAUGAUGGCUUGCUGGACUAUGGGGAAGAGGGGCUCAGGAGGCACCUGCACUGUUACCGUUCAUCCCCUACAGACUUUGUCCUGGAGCUUCAGCAGGUGGAGAUGGAGGAUGCAGGAACGUACUGGUGUAGGGUGGCAGAGUGGCAGCUCCAUGGACACCCAAGCAAGUGGGUUAACCAAGCAUCUGACGAGUCACAGCGGAUGGUGCUCAUGGUGCUGCCUUCAGAGCCCACACUUCCUUCCAGGAUCUGCUCCUCGGCCCCGUUACUCUAUUUCCUGUUCAUCUGCCCCUUCGUCCUGCUCCUGCUUCUGCUCAUCUCCCUCCUCUUCUUAUACUGGAAGGCCAGGAAGUUGUCAACGCUGCGUUCCAGCACACGGAAAGAAAAGGCUCUCUGGGUGGACUUGAACGAGGCUGGAGGUAUGACCACAAACAGGAGGGAAGACGAGGAGGAAGAUGGACGCAGCUGAAUCCCGAGAGGCACCUGCAGCUAGGAAGGAAAGGUGGGGGUUUCUGAACUGGGCUGACCGGGGUGUGAAUGAAUCCUGGUUCUGUCCUCAACUAUGUCUGCGGUCCUGGGCAAGUGACCUAGGAAUCAGAGGGAGCAUUCGCUGAGUGCUUACUGGUUCCAGGCAUCGUUAAGGGUUCCUUUGUGUCUUCCCUCAUCCACUUCUCGCAUCCCCUGCUGGAACUAGCCAGCAUCAUUACCAUAUGUGUCUUGAAGGUUCAGGGCCCUGGGCUGCAAGGAAAUAAGAGGCUCCCUCACACGGACUCUGGAGGGCUGCAGCAAUGCCCUGGUGGGGCUGCUCUCUCCUCUUUUAUGUCACCAGUCACACCGACUCUAGGUAAUCAUUUUCCUCCAGAUGAGAGGUGUAGGAAAGGGCCUGAGGCCAGCGAGGCAAAAGGAGUUGGGAACAUGCUCUUUGUUUACCUAAAAUUUGCCUCCCCAACAAGAAUGUAAUUUCCUUCAAGGCAGAAAUCCAAUUUUCUUCUCCCAGCCUACCUACAAAGGCCCACUGGAGAGUGAGCUCUGCUAACAGGUGCGUCACUAAUACAGGUGCGUCACUAAUACAGGUGCGUCACUAAUACAGGUUCCUUGACAAAACGAUGAAACACUUGUAGCCUGAGUCUGGGUUGUUUUUUGUUUGUUUGCUUAUUAUUCAAUAAGACUUUUUAUCAAGUAAUUAAAUGCUAAGCAAAAACUUUUAAAAACUCAUGGAACAGUGCUCCAGUCAGCCCCGCAAGGCCUCCUGCACCUGCUUUCCCCCACGCCUCCAUACCCCACCAGAAGGUCCAUGUGGCUCCUGGUGCUCAGCCAGUGCCUCAUUUUCUUUGACCUGAUGGCACUGGGAAGUAGCGAAGGUGGUGUCUGGAGGAGCAGGUCGACAGUGCCAUGGUCCCCGCAUACUCCUGCAGGGCCGAGCUUGAGGGGCAGCAGUAGGUCAAGUCUGGUUCCCCAGCAUCUCUUAUUCUCAGUCGCAAAAAGCAGGAGGUGGGGGUGGGUUGCAAGGGUGGGGUGUAAUGGGUUAAAUCUUUCAACAGCUGUCCCCACUGGGCCUGCAGUCCCCUCAUCUUUGUUUCAAAAGUUGCUCAGGCCCUGUUGUAGCCAGAAUUGGAAAUCAAUCAGUGCCACCUAACAAACUUGAGAAAGCACAUCUAUUUAUUAUCUAUGUGACCAACCGAGUUGCUUUAACGCUCGUUGAUUUGCAUGUCCAAGGAGAGCAAUUUACUUUUAAUUAUUUGAUCAGGCACACAAGUUUUUUUACAAGGGGAUUGCUGGUGGCUAUGAGCACUCCUACCAUGGACCUACAGGUUCCUUAAACUCGCGUCCCUUCAUAGCCUGAUUUAAAAUACUCAGCACGUUUGCUUCUUGUCACCCAGGUAAGGGAGCACAUUUUUACAACAACAAAGCUGAGAUGAGGACUUCUUAGAAAGUUUAAUGACCCCCUGUCCCUAUUUUUUAGAAACCUGUAUUUUAAUUUAAAGGGAAAGAAAGCAGAAGCGAGGCUGGGCAGAGAAUCUUGGAUGGAUUCUGCCGCAGCCCUCGCAGGAGCACCCUUGCCUCCAUCCCUCCUCUCCCCUCACCUGGACACGUCCUUCAGCUUUGAGCUCAAAUGCCUCUUCCCCUUUGAAUCUAGCACUGAAGGGCAGACAGGGAGAGUCUCCUGGGACGGUAGAAAUUUAACCAACUUGAGCAACCAGCCUGUUUUACAGCUUCCUGCCCUGCUGCCUGUUUAUUUCUAAGUCCCGUGUGCAAUGCGGUGACCUCGUCAGCUGGAACCAGCUCCUGACAGACCCCCGGCAACGUCUAGAUGAACCCCAGUGAACUUGCCUCAUUACCAUGUCGAAGUAACUACCCCGGGAGGAGCUAUAGCUUCCUGACCGGAACAUGUGAGCUAUGUGCUGGCAUGACAGCCCUCUGCAGCUGUGCCACGGGGACCCCUCCCCUAUAUGCACUGUCUCCCCUCUCCAUCACCCCAUAAAACCCUCCUGUCACUUUCCUUCAGAGACACCACUUUGGAGAAUAUUCUCAGUGCUCUCCUUGCUUGUGACAAGUAAAAAACUCCUAUUGAUCAAAACCCAUGUUCUCGUGAAGAGUCGUUUGUUACUUGCCUGGCAAACAAACCCCAUUUUUUACCAGGGAACGGAGACCCUCAAAUAUGAAACUAUUCUGGCCAGAGCAGAGCGUGGGAAGUAUGAGUUCCCAGCGGGCAUCUGCUGCAUGUCAGGCCCUGUGGUAGGAGCAAGGGGUCCUGUGGUGACGCAGACACAGCCCCGUCCCCCUGGGAUGAUCACCUUGUAUGUCCUGGAUGCUCUGCUUUCAUUCAUGGGACUUAGAGCUCCUUUGAUUGUCCAAGCGGUUACAUGGCACUGUCUGUCCCACAGGCAACUAAAACCCUCCAAAACUAAAACAAACACCACCACAGUAUUUUCUUCCUUUCAAACUUACAAAAUAAAA